CACAGCCUUAAGCGGAUCUUUGUUUUUUUCCUUGUUCUGAUGUAUCGGUAUAUAAAGACAGCCUGAGAUUGAGCCGCACCGAUCAGAUCUUAUAUAAAGACAUGUGGACCCAUAGCAGGGGAGUAUGUGCGUGGCUUGUGGCUGUAACUGUUGUCUGUCUCGGAAAGGGGGCCAAUGGCUCGGCAAGUUUUAAACAUCUCUCACGUGAGAAAAGGGCAUUGCUGGAAACUAUUGCAGUUAAACAGGGUCAUCAUACUGCGAGUCACAUAAAAGACAUGCGAACCUUGUCUCGUGUAAAGCGGCACCAUAGCAUCGAUCACGUGGAUGGCUUUGAUCGCCAUAGAAUUAUGUUAAAUACUGUCGUUGUGACUGCACCCAGACUUCCUCCUAGACCGCCAUUGGAGUUUGGUUUACCUUCCCGUUGGGAAGACCCUUUUCCUUUCCCUUUUGGCGGCGGCGACUUUGUUGGAGGAGCCCGUAUCCCUCCACCACCACCCGGCCCGGUCCCGCCUGAACCACGGGAGGACAAGUACGCCAAGAAGAUGACAUACCAGCAGUUUAUAUAUCAGCUAGAGAAACUAGAGGCCCUUCUGCCGGAUCUUCCGCCCGACCAGAUGGCCCACAAGCUAAGGAUGCUGGUCGGCCGCUACAACAGCUUUUUGUGGAAAAUGAUGUUGAAUGUGAACACCCCGAUUCCGUUUGCAGGGCGGGACGUGGAGGGAUUUACAAUGACGCCGGCGCAGAAGGGGACGUUUGACCAGCUCCGCGAAAUGAUGGACCACAGGUUCAAGGGCGGCGCCGAGCUCGGGGUCAUCAAGGUCAAUGGCGAGACCGUCGCACUAGGGCAUGUUAUUACAGGGGCCACCGCUGGCUAUGACAACCAGAAGUUUAUGGGGAUGGACAACUUGUUCGCUACGACACUUUCAGGGGAUCUGGGUCAGUCGGGGCUGAGAAACAGCAGAGACCCAACCUCCCCACUCAUAGGCCCAGGAGGCACCUGGAAGAACGGGAAGUACGAGUUGUCAGGGAAAGGUGGCAUGGCAACGCGCGCGGAAAUCCUCGGUGAUAUCGAUGGCUUCAACAUCGGCAAGCGUAUCAUGGCGGAUAGAACAAAACCUCUGAGUCAGCAUAUCCGUGAAUAUUACACGGGGGAGAGCAGUCGCCGCUUCGGUAUAUUCAUGGGACACACCACCAAGGCCAACCUGAAGGCGGAAGUGUACAAGUUCGCUAAUCUCUAUGACUACAAGGAGGCUGGGCUGCUGGCGUCAGCACUGCGCAACUCCAGUCCUGAACUUGCCCUGCGGCGAGCAAAUGAGAUAGAAAGAGUCGCUACAGCCGCCGUCGAUGCUUUUUGUACGGCCUUCUCAUCUGAACUCGGAAGCUGGUGUAAAUAGAUACAUUACGAAAACACUGUCAUAACUUAAGAUCAAUUCUCUGAAAUAUAUUGUAAUAAACUAAUAAAGUAAAAAAACACA